CAUCUGCGUGAAGCGGUGACGUCAAACAGGAACCCGAGGAAGGAAGGUUGACAAAUCAAGAUGGCGUUCCACGAUGAAGCAGGAAAGAGAUUUCAAUAUAAAUAAUACUCCUGUGCAAAAACACACUCGAAGCAAGGAGUCAUCUCAGCAAGCGACCAUUUGGAUUUUGGAAGAACAAGACGUGCGGUUACUGGUACAAUACCUGUGUGUGUAAAUGUUGAGUCAGUUUUACAUGGGCGGUGGCAGCAUUGAGUCAGCCAGACACAACACAACUACUACCACCAGGCCAGCAGCAUAGCUAAGCUUUACGCGUCAACGUUUGCGUUUUACCUAAAAACACACAUACAUUGCAAACAUACAUUUGAAAGAAUCAUUAUCGUUUACUAUAAAUGUGGCGAACCAUAACUUCUGUGUUCAUCACCUCCUUAAAGAAUCUCUAAAUGGCUGCAAGGAAGUCUGGAUCGGACAACUACAACAAUGGUCCCCUCAGUUACCUGGAAGAUGUUCCCUUCAAAAUCAACGAGCGGUUCCGCUGCCCUGCCAAAGUUGGGCUGCCUGUUGGGUUCUGUUUACCUGAUUGUGGUUCCGUACUGAGUGACUUGCAGUAUGACUUCUCCCUGGAGAGGAGAAGUGUGCGUUGGGGACAAGAGCUGGCCGAGGCCCGGGCAGGCGAGGCGAGAGCAGAAGAAGCAGCAGCUGCAGCCAGACAGGAAGCAGAGACCCAGGCUGCCUUGGCCCAGGAUGUUGACAACAGAGAUGGGAACAGACAUUCCGGAAAGGACCAGGACCCCCCACCACCUGCACUCAACCCAGUUCUAGCAGGACUUUGCCACAAUGACAUCCUCACCCCACUCCCAGCACCGAGCCUGGGGCCUAGGAAGGCCCUGCCCAGCACUCCUUUAGUGCAUUGCCUCAACCUGGCUGACUUUGAACGGGAAGAGGACCCUUUUGAUAAGCUGGAACUCAAGACUUUAGAUGAUAGGGAGGAGCUACGCAAUAUCCUCGAGAGCCAACCACAGCCCCCGCCUCCUCCCUCUAUUUCCCCACCAGAGCCUGCCCAGAUUCCGCCAGUCGUGCAUGGUAGCUCUCCUCCUAACACCAACACCAGCCACCUGGUUAAGCCAGGCUUUGUUCACAAACCGAAUGGGUUUGUUGGUCUGAUGGACAUGGAUCGAGCAGGGGGCCCGGGUAGAGGAGCACUGGACUCGGACGAUCGACCCUGUAACAUCCGGUCGCUUACAUUUCCCAAAUUAUCCGAUCCUGGUGACAGUGAGCCAGCUCGCAUGGGCUACCACCCCCUUCCAGUCCCAGUUCCCCGACGUAACGUAGUAAAUGGCAGCCCACCAGCGUUCCCAAAGACCCAUGUGAUUGUUCCCCCGGACCCAUCCAGCCACCCUAGGAACGGAGCUCCGAAACCGACCCACCCAGGGGCGGGCACGGGGGGUCUGCCAUGCGGGGGAGCUCUUCUCAGCCUGACCCCUAGUGAGCGCCAGUGUGUUGAAACCAUCGUUGGCAUGGGAUACUCCUAUGAGGGAGUCUUGCGCGCCAUGCAGAAACAAGGGCAGAAUGUGGAGCAGGUGCUGGACUAUUUGUUUGUGCAUGGACGUCUGUGUGAGCGGGGAUUUGAUGCCAUUGCUGUGGAGGAGUGUCUAGAGAUGUACAAGUGUUCAGAAGAAAAGGCCUUGCAGUUUCUUGAGCUGAUGUCAAGAUUUGGUGAGAUGGGCUUUGAGCGAGAGACUAUAAAAGAGGUGCUACUGGUCCACAACAAUGACCAAGAUAAGGCUCUCGAGGACCUGAUGGCACGUGCCACAGCCAGCUGAGCCAAGCUGGUUGGGAAGUCAAUGCCCAGUGCAAGGCUUGUCUCCCUCGGUCACUCCCCCCACUCUCCCCCAAUCCCUUCCUUAUGCCUACCUUAAUGACACCAGGCCCACUCACUCUGCUUUUGGAAGGAGAGAGGGCCUUGAUUCCCGCUCUGUGUUGAAAACAUGCCUCUGUACUUCUUAAAUACUGUGUGCCUAGAGCGGAGGAAGUCAAAAAUGUAUUGUUUUUGUCUUUUCCUAAAUCCUGUGGUUGAAUACCACAGUUGGUACUGCUUGAUGAAAAGCCAAGAUUCUCUUGGCAUGGAAACAGUCUGACGCUUUCGAGUUGAUCAGCUAGCACUUUCAAAGGCGUGGCAUAAUUUGAUGAGGGCUCUGAGAGCAAACAGAAGGGAAUCUGGAGCCAGAUUCACACCACACCAGAAGAGGAAAAACAAGUUUCACAUACUGACACUUGUCAGUUAACUAAGCUGCAUUCUUCCAACGUUCAGUGCAGCAUAGGCAGUACAUAGAGAUCAAGGGGAUUGAGGACCUAAGGAGUCUUUAGAAUGAACCAACAAACAUCUGAACUUUAAACACACACAAAGGCACCGCCACCAGACAGAGAACUGACUCCCAAGAAGUGCCCUCUCUGUUUUGGUUCAUGGCGCUUGGUUAUACUCUUACUUGUCUCAUGUUUUCACUUAUUAUUCAUCUUUGUUUUCUGAAGGGCACCUUUUUUUUUUUCCCUAUUACCUUUUGUUUUGUUUCUUUUUUAGGAAUGCAUAAUGGAUUCUAAAUGUAUUCUAAUUGCCUCUGCUGUAAUAGUGGGCUCUUCAACCUGCACUGGAAUAGAUUGCUUAAAGAUUUGGGAGGAAGAGGUCAGUUCUUUCGCAGAGAAAUAUUAGGACAUGUCUCAAUGCAUACCUUUUGUGGCACCAGUUUGUCAAACAUGGCAAAAACUAUCCCAUUUUGUAGAUGAUCAACUUAUUUAAAUAUCGUACACUGACACUUUGGUUGGAGAAAAUGGUUAUGGAGUCAUGUGCACUUCUGUAUUGUAAAAAAAAAAUGACAAGGCACCCUUUCGAUUAUAAUGGGUUCUGUUUAGGGACUAAAAAUAACUCUGGGGGGAAAGUUAAAUAAUGUGAAGUGUGUGAUUUCCAGCCAUAUUAGAGUGCAAUAGACCCAAUUAACAAUGAAUGACUGGUGACCAGCACUUUUCAGCCUCUGCAAAUAUAAUAAUGGGGAUAAGGCAUGGCAGAUGUUUGGGAAAAGGCAGAUUUGUUCUCAUUGAUUUGAUGCCGUUUGUUCUUUAUUCUCAUUGGUUUCAUGGAACACAGUUUAAUCCAAAAUAAUUGUAGCUGUUUGACUUUCAUAUUCAUACACUUAAAGUUAUCUGUUCUGACAUGUAAUGCAAACUGAAUUUAAUCUCGACUGGUCUUUGUUUUAUUCUUUUUUAAGUUGAAAUAUAUGUUCACACAUUUCAGAUGUGAAAAGUAUUUUUCAUGAUGGUACAACCCCAACCUCUCUCUUGCUCUCUGUGCCCGAUUAGAGUCUCUCCCAAGGGUCUUCAACCACUGCUUUGUGUGGACUGGGAUUGUAAAAGACAUGGUGUCACAUUAAGGGCUUCAAGUAAAAUCAGUAUGGGGCUAAACGUGACAACUUCCUCUGCUUAGAAUUGGUCCAGGACCUAGAAACAGCCAAACGAUGUUUAAGAGUAAUAGGUUUGCUCAUAUAUGCCUCUUUGUUGCCAAUACCAAAACUACAUUUUGUAAUUGAUUCACUGCUGGAAACUGGUUACAUAUAAAAUAAAAUGGACACCAUGAGGAUUGCAACAAACAUUCUAUAAUUGAAACUACAUUGUUUCAUUGCAUUGGUCUAAAGCUGAUGCUAAGAUCCCUGAAUCUAAAGUAAAUUGCAUUUAUCAACAAAGCCUUUUUUGUUUAAAGGAAGAUGCAUUGUGCAAAAUACUAAUAAGUUCUCCAAAAUACAAACCCUAUUCUUAUUGAUUGACAAACUUAAGCCUAAAUCUGUAGUUCAUAUCCUAAGGGAUUUCUUCCUAUUGUAUGCACACCAGAUUUCAUUGUUUGAGACUGUCUUAUGCAGAAUAAAACUGUGUUAUUUUGAUGACAUGUUUAACUUUU